AUGUAUCGAAAAUUUGUAGUAACCUUCGCCCUGUUCGAGGUCGCAUUCGCUUCCUUUCUCGACGGCGAUUUAAAGCUGCUAGAUGGUGUUAAGCUUGUAUCCGUACAAGAUUCGAAUAGUAUAGAAGAUGGAAGGUCGUUCGGAAACACGCCGCUUUAUAGGAUAGCGAAGUUUCUCCAGAACCACGAGUUGCACGUUAAGUUACCGAACUUAAUCGAAAAAGAUAAGAUCAGUCAGAUAUUAACGGAAUCGAUGAAAAUUAUCGACGAUUCGAACAAGGAAAACAAUGCAACUGGACGUGGUAAGGGCGACGGUGGAGCUGGUUCCUUGGCGUUACUUGGCCUCAUGUUCGCCAAAACUCUUGGCGCUGCUGGUAUAGGAGGUCUAGGUCUUUUGACUAUGAAGGCAUUAGCAGUGUCAGCUCUCGCUUUGAUGCUGUCAGCGGUCGUUGGAAUCAAGAAGCUGACCUCCCAUGAUGACCACGACGAUCACCAGGUCAUAUAUGCUGGUCAUCACGGCCACCACAGACGACGGCGAGACAUCAAUACCCCACUACCGUACCAGGGCUGGACGGAAUACCAGAACUAG